AUGGCUGCCGUCGACCCCUUUGACUCGGCACUCGACCUGCUCCGACGUUUGACGCCGAAACACGUUGCGACCCAUAUCAACUCGAUCAUCUCCAUCGCUCCCGAUCUGACAGAAGACCUUCUGGCCUCCGUCGACCAGCCUCUGACUAUCAAAAGAUGUCGUGACUCGGGGAGGGAGUAUCUCCUUUGCGACUACAACCGCGACGGCGACUCAUACCGCUCGCCCUGGAGCAACAAGUUCGACCCACCCCUCGACGUGGGCGGUCUGGGCGGCGUGAACGAGGGUGCGGGCGAGGGCGCUGUCCCGAGUGAGCGCGUGCGCAAAAUGGAGAUCAAGGCCAACGAGGCCUUCGACAUUUACCGCGAGCUGUACUAUGAGGGUGGCGUCAGCAGCGUCUACUUCUGGAACUUGGAUGAUGGCUUCGCCGGUGUUGUGCUCCUCAAGAAGUCGUCGACGCCAGGAGGCAACAGCGAAGGUGUCUGGGAUUCCAUCCACGUCUUCGAGGCCAUUGAACGUGGCCGCACGACACACUACAAGCUCACAUCGACUGUGAUCCUCAAUCUCUCCAGCUCCGCCGACCUCGGCGAACUCGACCUGAGCGGCAACAUGACCAGGCAGCUGGAGCAGGAUCUCCCUGUGGAUAAUGACGACAGCCACAUUGCCAACGUCGGCCGGCUGGUGGAGGACAUGGAGCUGAAGAUGAGGAACCUGCUGCAGGAGGUGUACUUUGGCAAGGCGAGGGAUGUUGUGGGCGACUUGCGCAGCAUUGGGAGUCUGUCCGAGGGUACUAGGGCCAGGGAUCAGCAGCGCGAGGUUAUUGGGGGCCUUGGGCGGUAG